UGGACGGACACACUGGGGAUUACUGACUCUGAGGAGACCAGAAACUCUGCUGGAUAUGCUGCACUUCGAAGCCAAGGUACUAGGUGAGGAGUCUGGACCCGAUUUGGAUUUGAUCAUACCACACAUGGAGUUUGAUGCCAGAUUACUCAAAGGACCCUUUUUCUGCUUUGGAGGAAGAUGUGGAUUCUACAACUGAGGGUGCAACAAUGACUCAAGACAUACUUUCCAAGAUGAUUGGAAACAUGUUAAAAAACGACUCGCAAAUGGGCUCCGGCUGCCUUACUAUGCAGUAGUCAAGGCUACAUUUGACACAUAUAUUAGAGUGCAUAUCAAUAACAAUUGGGUUUAUUUUGUUAACCGACUGAGAUCUGGACCUUUUCUACCUUGAAGUACGUUUUGAUCCAGCAGGAGUAUCAUUUUCUGAUGAUACUUGGUGGGUUUAUGUCAGUUUUAGACAACACUGGCUCAGAGAUGAUUGGAGCCCUGCAUUCUGGACUCAUACUCUUCACUUUUUUGGUGGUAUGUGAGAGUGAGCCCACACAUGCUGGGCCAGACAGAAUGGGAGACUCGCAUGGACAACCCAGACUGGCCCAUCUAACUUCUCACUGGGCCUUUCAGCUGGUCAAUGAUUCACUGGCCUUCUCCAGGGCUGACAGCUUCUGCAGAGGUCAGUUCAGCUCCCUUGCCGACCUCGACCAAUCAGAUGAGCGGGAAGGGGUGAUGGAGCUGCUUCGACAGACAGGACUUCACACACCCAUCUGGGUCCGAAACCCCAGCAAGGUGGUCAACAAGCCUGUGGCCUUGUCAAAGCAAUAUUCUCCAUUCUCAGCUCUAAGCUUCCCAAGGGAUUCCCGCGAGGGGUUCGUUCGUGUCAACAUGUCUUUUCCAGCCCUGUCUUCAGUUAGUGUGUGUGUCCGUGUUCAGUGGAACUCUGAGUGGAAUGAGGUGUCCACCAUCUUUUCCUACGCUGCACCUGUCAUUACCAACGAGUUCCAGCUAAGAGGCCAAGUGGACAAGCAGGGACGCAUCCUCCUGGCACUGAUUAUCCAUGGGAAGCACCUGCCUUAUAAGGCAUCUUUUCCAAAUGAUGGAGCGUGGCAUCACAUCUGUGUCAUGUGGCGGCGUAACAGUGGCCACUGGGCUAUUUAUGUGGAUGGAGAUAAAAAGGACUUGGGCUCAGACACGGACACUUCCAGGGAUAUUUAUGGAGAUGGGAUACUCAUUUUGGGUCAGGACCAAGACUCAUUUGGUGGGAAUUUCACAGAGCCCUUUUUUGGAAAUAUUACUGACCUGAAUGUUUGGAAUAUGACUCUGGAAACAAGGCAUGUCCUUGCCCUUAACGCAUGUUCAUCCAUUGACCAGCAAGUUGUCUUUAGUUGGAACCCCGACCACCUCAUCAAACACCCAGUGGUCAAAGAGGAGCAGGUCCAUCUGUUUUGCCGAGUAGUCCUCCAGCAGAUGGCGCUGCAGGGCUGCAGGACGCUGCAGGGUUGGCAGGAUCAACUCCCUCUCUUGGACAUGGCGGAGUGCUCUGAUCCGCUGCCGUUCAUCUGCAGGAGCAGCAGAGAGCGCUACCUGAAGAUGAAGCAGAUGAGUGAUUCUCAGAACCUGCAGCCCUCUGCCUUCAUGAACCAUCUGAUGAAGCUUUCCAACAAAACACAGGCCACGCUGGGGCAGCAGCCGUCGGAGCUGAGCAGCCUGGCUCAGGCAUCAGCCCUGCUGGACGUCUCUGUCCAGGCCCUGGAGGACACUCAGGAAGAACUGCAGCCAACAGACAUGGUGGCCCUCAUCCAGCUGCUGUCUUUGGCUGCCGACGUCCCCACGCUGCCGCUCGCUGAUGCCACCAACCACAGCCAGGACAGAGUCCAGGAGCUCAGCCAGCACUUCAUCAGUGUGGCCGACAGCAUCAUCAGUGAAGACAACGCCCUCAAGUGGCAGGCCAUCAAAGAGGUGGUGAGCGGCCCCAUGGAUGUGGUCAAGAGCAUCGACCGGAUGGUGACCAGCCUGAGCCCCCGCUUGAUGGCAGAGACUGACCGCCUGACCAUUCACAGCCCCAACAUUAAACUGGAGGUGCAGCAGCAGAGGCUGCAGGACGGAUCCAAAGGUUCCAGCUUCUGCGGGCCUGAGACGGACAAACACACCAGUGUAGACUGCAUUUCAGUCCCACAUCACAAGAUACAGGAUCUCCAUAACAACGGCUUCCACCGGCUCACGUUGGUUAACACGUGGUACGGAUCUCUGCGGCCGGUUUUCAAUCCAGGGGAGAACAUCACCAUGGUUCCUACUGUCACUGACGGCAGCCAGAGUUAUUUGGGCACUGUCCUUGGCUCCUCAGUCAUUUCCACCACAGUGCUGGGAGACGACCAGCCGGUCAGCACGGCGGUUCACUUCAAGCUCCAGCACAGAGCGCAGAAUCCUGCUGGUACCGUUUCCGAUCCAGUGUGUGCCUUCUGGGAUUUUGAACUCAAUGCCGAGGCGGGUGGGUGGUGGAAUACGAAAGGCUGCGAGGUAGUGUCCAAACAACAUGGAUACACUGUGUGCUACUGCAACCACACCACCAACUUUGCAUUGCUUCUUCAGGUUUAUGAAGCCCAGAGGAGCCCAGAGAACGAAAAAGCUCUACAGGUGCUGACGUUCAUCGGCUGUGGAGUGUCUCUGUGUGGCCUCCUCUUCACCUUCAUCCUCUUCAUCGCUGUGGGUGUCCCUAAAUCAGACCGAACCACCGUUCAUAAGAACCUGAUCGUUGCUCUGGGCAUCGCUGAGCUGCUGCUGAUGUGCAGCGACUGGGCAUCUGCAAACGAGGCAGCGUGCUUCGUGGUAACUGCUCUUCUUCACCUCUUCUUCAUGGCGUCCUUCUCCUGGAUGUUGGUGGAGGGCCUGCUGCUCUGGAGCAAAGUCGUGUCCGUCAACAUCAGCGAGGACCGCAGGAUGAAGCUGUACUACAUCAUUGGCUGGGGACUGCCUGUUCUGAUAGUGGGUGUAACACUGGCAGUAUCGGUGGACGAGUACAAGGCGGACGGUCACUGCUGGCUCAAUGUGAAGACUGACACCAUCUGGGCCUUCGUGGGACCUGUUAUAUUUGUGCUGGCCGUCAAUGCGGUAGUGCUGUGUCGGGUUGUCAUGGUGACGGUUUCCAGUGCUCGCCGCCGGACUAAGAUGCUCAGUCCAAGCUCGGCUUCAAAGAUGCAGACCUUUGACCUCACCUGGGCUGUGACCCGGCCGGUUCUCAUCCUGCUGCCUGUGCUGGGUCUGACCUGGCUGUGUGGAGUCCUCGUCCAUCUGUCUGUAGUCAUCGCCUAUGUCUUCAUCGCUCUCAAUGCAUUCCAGGGCCUGUACAUCUUCUUAGUGUAUGCUGUUUACAACAGUGAGGUGAGGAAUGCCAUAAAGAGGAUCAAAGAAAAGAGGAAGGCCUUAUCUUUCACGAACUGCUCACAGCCAACUAGUUUUCUUCCCUCCCAGAGGGCCCCCAUUUCCUCUUGGGGCCACAGUGCUCUGACCCCCUCCAGCCCUGAGACAAGUGAGACCUCUGGACCCCCCAGCUCCGCCUCCACAUCGCUGGUCAUCAAGAACGAAAGCUUCAGAAAGGAAAGCUUUGUGACAUUCUCUUUGAAACCAGCAUCAGGAAACCAAGUGGUCCAGCUGACCGGAUUCAAGCCUUCAGGUACAACUCUAACAACACGAUGCUGACCUGUACUCAUUUAAGGUUGUUGAACUGCAAGUGGAGUGGAUCCCGAUACUCAGCUACAAUAAACCGUGCACCACGCUGCUGCAUCAAAGGAGGAUGUGGAAACACACAGAUCCAUCUCGAAGAAGUGUACCAACACACACACACACACACACACACACACACAGCAAAGCAGGAGGCGACAAGAGUGGAAGAAUAUGAAGCAUAAAAGAUAAAAGUCUGCAGAGUAUUUGAUAAUACUCUCCCUGUUUUGAUCGUAGAACUCCUCACUACUUAAACACACAGCAUGUGUGUGUGCGUGUGUGUGUUGUUGUUUUUUUUAAAACGGGCUGAUUUAACCGAUUUCUUUGGCAGCAAUGUUGGAGGUCCUCAACUUUGAAAAACAUUUAGUGAAUUAUGGAUUUUUUGAUCAUUGGCUCAGCAUUUCCACUAAUGAGCCGAAUCCACUGAAGCGUGAAUUUCAAAAAAUCUGCAAAUAAAACAAAGCUGUACGUGCUGUAACUUGAUCAAGUGUUGUUUUGCAAAAUGUGUGAACCAAACCUCUAAAGCGAGGUUAGGCUUUUUAUUAUAGUACCGUUUUAUAUUUGUUAAAAUCCUUUGUAUCUCAACAGCAGUCAGUAUUUUAAAUUGUCUGACGUAAAAAACAGUACCAGUGGCUGUCACAGGCUUGCUAUAAGUAGGACGACAAGAAAUGAUUUUGUGGCCUGUGGACUUUCUGCU